CUCUCCCGUACCGCCCUCAGGGAGUAGGGGUGUGCCGCAGGCUCGUCCCGCCCCCUCCUCUGAGUGACAGGACCGUGGACAGCAACAAUUCCAGCCCGACACGUAGUUUGUGGGCCCUUGCGCUGGCUGAGCUGAGUAAGAAAAAGAAACCGAGUGUUAUUAUUGGUAUCUGGAAUUGAAUUUGCCGGGAAUGCGAGUGCAGCUUCCUCAGUAAAGAUCUUGCCUUUGGAAGCAUCCCACCCCUUGGCAGCCCUCCAGAGUUCAGACUUGGCAGCCUCAAGGACACAGCACAAGUGUGUUCCGGGUGGAUACCUAUAGGAGCCAGCAUUUAAGGACCAUGUGACUUGGGUUUGUCUGUAUUCAUUCUCUAUUUCUUUAGCCAAGAUAUCCAAGCAGGCAUUUUGGAGAUCAAAGAUGGGUAGAAAAGAUGCCUCCACUAUAAAACUUCCUGUUGAUCAGUACAGAAAGCAAAUUGGUAAACAGGAUUAUAAAAAAACCAAACCCAUUUUACGAGCAACCAAAUUAAAAGCAGAAGCCAAGAAAACAGCGCUAGGCAUAAAGGAAGUUGGUCUUGUCCUUGCAGCCAUACUGGCCCUCCUACUGGCUUUCUAUGCUUUCUUUUAUCUCAGACUGUCCACAGAUGUCAACCCCGAUCUGGAACCAGAUGAAGAUUAGUUGAGCAGCAAUCAAUGAACGAGAAGGAAAUAAUUUUAUAAAAGCACCUCUUGGGACCAGUACUUUCUGAUGUACUGAAACAGAAACAUCUUGAAUUUUUUUCUGCUGGUCCUUUCAGUUUGCAGAAAUAUCUUCUUCAGUAGUUGCAUAAGAUAUCAAGAAAAGAACCUUACCUAGCAGUGUAGUAUAACGUAUGCUACCGGAUACUUCUGUAAAUCUUUCUACUUUGACAGGCAACCUAUUCAUGGUGCAUUUAGAUAAAAUGGAAAACAGAUCCUAAAUUCUUCGGAUGUCUCAGCCAAUUUAUGUGUAUAACUCCAUCCCUUACAGAUGACUAAAUCUCUUUUUGCUCCAUGUACAGCAUAAGUAAAAGUAUGUAUCCUCAUUUACAGAAGCAUUCUCCAGCCACAUUCAAAGCCUAAAAGGAAUGAGAAGUCAUGGGAAAUUUUUCAUCUUACAAAGAAGCCCUGCUUUCUUUCCAGACGUAUUUUAUAUCAUUAGAGUGACUAUCUGCACAUACAUCUCCAGUAAUCUUUUUCCUUCCCUGCCAACUGUUCAGUGCACAUGUGCUCCAUCAGAAAUGGCACCUGGAUGACAGAAGCUCAAAGAGUCACACAUGUCUCUAAAACAGAGUUCCUUUCCUCUUGGGCUGUCUGAACUGGUUGUAAAUAGAAAGUUCAGUUGAUCUUGAUUUUAAUUAACUUAUUACUCUAUUAAUAUAAACUUGGAGUUCUAUUUUAAUUAUGUCGUUCUGGCUGCUUGCAGAAUCAGUUUGCCCCUCUUGUUCGGGAGAUGUGUAACAAUCUGUCAUUUAAUUGUGCAGUCUUUUUCACACAACAGUAACAGCAGAAGUCCUACCCAACUCGGCAUCGUUUUAUUGGGUUGUCUUACGUCUGAACAACACGAACUUGCUUUACAAAAUCUUGUCUCUUGAGAGUUAAAUCAGUCAGAACUCUUUCAUGGAAAGUGAGUAAUAGAAGAAAAUAUGUAUCUGUAUUACUUGCAUAUGUAGUUCUUGGUUUAUAAAAUUUUCCAGAUAUUUUACAUUUGUUGGCGUGUAACAACCAGUGUAUUCAAUUGUUUUUUUACCGGUAAUGGAAUUUGAAACUAUUUUUACGACACAUGAAUACAUGAUGCUUAGAAAAUGGAAAAACACGUGUCCACAACAGAGUUGUUAGUUCCUGCCUUAUAAAAAGAUGUAGAGAAAAUGAGUAUUUUGAAACAUGUGCAUAAGGUAUUUUACAGUAAAUGAAUUGUAUUUAGAAAGAGUAAAUAAAACAUUACAAUUGUUUCCAUUCUCACCAAGAGAGGAAGUUUUUGAGACUUUUGCAGAUAGCUGAACAUGUCUGUGUAGCGUUAUGUUCUGUAGAAUUUUUUCAAGCAGCAUAAUUUAUUUCAUCAGUGUGAAAGCAGCCAAAAGUCCCAGUGUCCUCACAGAUCCUUUAUGCCAAACAUCUGAGGACAAAAAUUCAGCCAAUGCUAUUUACUGGAUUCUCCCCCUUGAAAUCACAAACUCAGGAGACAGACCAAGCGUUCCUAUACACUUACCACAGCGGGCCCAUCCAAGUGGCAUUUUUAGGAAAGGUUGCAGCAUUUAAUGCCAUGUGGUAAGGCUGUUCGUGAAGUGGGUGGCAAGGGAAUAUCCAAGCUGGCAUUUUGGAUAUGAUGGGUCUUUUACUUCCCUGAGUGACACGCCACAUGUCAAGAAAUACUGCUUUCCCCUACUCUGAUCACAUUGACGUGAACAAUUUUCAUUUAGCUAUUUCCCCUCCCAUAUGGUGUUAAAUACACUCAUGUUAAAUAAAGAUUAUUUCUAAUUUCAGUGGUAAUUUAAAUGCGAGGAGAUGUAAUAAUUGUUUAUUAGAUACCUACCCAAGUGAGAUAUAACAGGAUUUACGGUAUUUAAAAUAGAUGAUUACACUCUUAGAAAUAUUUGAAAAUUCAUAACCCUGGGAAAAAAGCUCUACCAUCCUAUGCUAUUCUUCAGAUACUCUUUUGGGGAAAAAAUGUUGUUUCUGAUAGUAAUGGAUAUUAGCCUAAACACUGUAUAAUUCGAGGCAAUUCACCCCCUAGCUUUACUGACCCUCUGAGUCUGUGGCCAGUCCGUGUGUGUGACUGACUGACUUGUGGCAAGUCCCAAAGUCUAAACUCUGAUUUUAAUAAAUAGGACGUCAUUUGAAACAAUAUAUGUUUACAAAACACUAUUUUUGUGACAUGCAAAUUUUUCAAACUCACAUUAACUGGGAAUCAGCUAGUCCUCUGUAGAGAAACCCCAGGUUGAAAUCUGGUUUCAAUCUUUGAAGACAAAGAGGUGAUAUCCGGCCUUUGGUUUCAGGGGACUACACUUUUGGCUAGCGAGUGUAAAUCUGAGACUGGCACCAGACACCAAGUUUAGGCGUGGGUUUUCCCCCUCCAAUAAUUUGCCACUGAAAAUAAUUCAGAAGACAAAACCAGAAACAAUUAUAAUGACUUUUCAGAAUGUUAGAAUCUAGCUGUUAACAUACUCUUCUCUGCAGAAUAAAUUUCUGCAGAGUAGAAAUGCAGCUGACUUAACAUACAGCCUACGGAACACUGUGAAUGAAGCUUGGAGGGUUACUGGUUCUAAUCUUGCAUGCAAAAUAUAUAAAUUCAUUGGAGAGGAGACGUUGCAAAAACAAGACCUCGUCUAGAAUUUCUUUUAACACAAAUGAACUAGAAGACUAUCUUAGUAUCGGUACGGGGUUUGUUGUUGUUUUAAGCUGGCAAAAUACUUGAAGAUUUUCUAAUCUUUUCAAUUUUUCAUAAAGGUGGGAGUGUUCCCACCCCAACCGAUGACUGUGAGAUCCUGAGAAUAUGUUCUUGUUCAUUUCUGUAAUUCCAACAAGAGUGAUCUGCACAUAUUUAAUAAAUGCAUGUUAUAAUUUAAGUUAAUCUUUUUUCGUCCUCUUGGAAUCUGGCACAGUUUUUGCAUGUAGUAGAUGAUCAAAAAUUGUUUGCGUGUAAUAAAUAAAACUUAAAUAUCACAAUAUCGGUCA